CGAUCCUUCUACACUCGCAUCCACUUCAGCAUCAAAAUGGCACCUAACUCCAUCCCUUACCACCCCCUUGGCAAGAAUGGCCCCCUCGUUCCCGCGAUGGGCUUCGGCCUGAUGGGCAUGUCCUACCAAACCUACGGUUCAACCCCCAACGAUGAGGAACGUUUCGCCUUGCUCGACCGUGCCCUAGAACAGGGUAACACCUUCUGGGACAGCUCCGAUCUCUACGGAGACGGCGAGGAGUUGUUGGGCAAGUGGUUCAAGCGUACGGGCAAGCGGGACCAGAUUUUCUUGUCUACCAAGUUUGGCUUUGUCAAGGGUAGCAAGAAAAUGGAGGUUGACAGCUCCGGGCCUUAUUGCAAGAAAGCUUGUGCGGAGAGCUUGAGGAUCAUGGGAAUUGACUGCAUUGAUAUUUACUGGUUGCACAGCGCCAAUCCAGAGACGCCCAUCGAGGAAACCAUGCGAGCCUUGGCAGAACUCCAAGCCGAGGGUAGGAUCAAGCACAUCGGCCUCUCUACCAUCUCCUCUACGACUCUCCGUCGCGCCGUCAAAAUCGCCCCCGUAGCCGCGAUCCAAAUCGAAUACUCGGUCUUCACGCGCGAUAUCGAAGGACCCACAGGCAUGAACCUGCUCUCGACCUGCCGCGAGCUCGGCGUCGCUGUUGUCGUCGCCGCCCCCCUGGGCCGGGGUCUCCUAACCACGAGUUUUAGCGCAGGGAAAACCCCCGGCGACGAAAAGGACAUACGCACCAAGGCGAUGCCCCGUUUCCAAGAAGGCAACCGCGAGCAGAACGUCAAGGUGGUGAAUCAGUUCAAGGCGUUUGCGGAUCGCAAGGGAUGUACGGUGUCGCAGCUAGCGCUGGCGUGGGUGAUGAAGCAAGGGGAGGACAUUUUCCCUAUUCCGGGGACGAAGAAAAUGAAGUAUCUGGAGGAGAAUUGGGGCGCUCUGGGGGUGAAUUUGAGUGAUGAGGAGGAGAGGGAGAUUAGGGAGUUUACCGAAACCGCUGAGAUGGCGGGCAAUCACACGCCUCAGGCGUUCAUGGAUUAUAUUUUUCGGGAUACUAAGGAGGAGGGUGCUUGAGCUUGCUGUCGGACCGCACCAGCCUUCGACUUCGAACAACUGUAUUUUCCGAUUUACCGCUACUACAGCCAGUUGACUGACGAUGAGCGGUGGUGGAACCUCAAGGGCAUUACAACCUAAUUGCGCCAGUUUGUCAGACCAUAUGGCCACCUUCACUCCUUUAGACUUGGGUAGAUCAGACACAUUAAAUCUUAU